AAGUAUUCAGAUCUUUUGCUCGAGUAAAGUUGGUCCAAGCAAACAAGUGGACAGCUGUGCUACUCACAAACCCAGCAGGCCCAGCAGCCCCCCCCACCCCCCCCUCCCAGCAGCACUUGGCCCCUCACCUGGCUCCGCUUCAUCCAGUCCACUGAGAACCACGAUGGACCGGCGCUACAAGUGGACAGCGGUCCUCCUGCCAGACCCCAGUCGGCCCCGCCUCAUGCUGCGCAGGGUCCAAGCACCCCCCUCCCAGACUGGCUCCUCACCUGGCUCCCCAGGUACAGCUACCUUUGGAUCUAACACUGCUUCUCCUUGCUCCCCCGCCAGGGCCGUCUGCAGCUCCUCCCCGGGCUCCCACCGUGGCUCCCCAGCUGGCCCCGCCCCGGAGCCGAAGUUGAAGAAGAACCUGAGGCUUCUGAUGAAGAGGAGGGACAAGGCUGGCAGCGGGGGGAGCAGUAGAGGCGCUGAAGCUGCAGGUAAGUCUGACCAUGGCUUCUUCCCUUGCUCCCCCUCAGGCUCUUCCUCUAGCUCUUCCUCUUCCUCUAGCUCUUCCUCUCGCUCUACCUCUCGCUCUUCCUCUCGCUCAUCCUCUAGCUCCUCCUCUCGGUCCUCCUCUUCCUCCUCCUCUACCUCCCCCUCUUCUUCUUGCACUUGCUCGUCUUGCUCCUCCUUCCCUGGCCUCUCCCACAGACUCUCCCCACCUGUUCCUGAGGAAGGCUGGUCUCUCGUGCCGUGUGCUUAUCCAACCAGGAUUGUCUUCCGUUCCUCUUCCUCUGGCUAAUCCUCUAGCUCUUCCUCUUCCUCCUCCUCUCGCUCUUCCUCUACCUCCUCCUCUUCCUCCUCUACCUCCUCUUCUUCCUCCUCCUCCACCUCCUCCUCUACCUCCACUUCUUCCUCCUCCUCCACCUCCUCCUUUACCUCCUCUUCUUCUUCCUCCUCUAUCUCCUCCUCUACCUCCCCCUCUUCUUCUUGUGCUUGCUUGUCUUGCUCUUCCUUCCCUGGCCUCUCCCGCAGACUCUCCCCACCUGUUCCUGAGGGUGGCUGGACUCUCAAGCCGUGUGCUCAUCCGACCAGGAUCGUCUUCGGAUGGCCUCAGUGGUCCGGCUCCUCCCACCGACCAGCAUCCUCCCUGCCGGCAUGGAAGGUCCCAGAGCUGCAGUGGAUGAAGAGUGCCCGCCUUCUGAUGAAGAAGAGGACCCAGGUGGGCAGCAGGUGGCGUAAGAGAGGAGCUGAGGCUGCAGUGGAGAGGAGGAGAGGAGUCGGGACACCAUGAAGUGCGACCUCUCAUGCGAAAGAAUUUAGGAGAGGGGGACAAAGGAUGAAAAAACAGGUGAAGAGACGAGGACAGAGGCCAAAGAGAAGAGAGGAGAAAAGGAAAUGUGAAGAUAAUGUUUCAAUAAAAAGUCAAAACUAGAUGAAAUGUCUUUGUUUAAAAUGCUUCUUUUAAGUUUGCAGUUGAUGUUGUGUGUUGGAAUGAAAAGUCAAAUGAAAGGCUUUAAAAAAGUGUUUGUUUUUUUAAUUUACUUAUA